AUGUCUGUCUGUCUCGUUCCGAUGAUGACUACUGUGCCGCCGGCCGGUAUCCCUCCGGCUGCUGCACCAACGCGACGGCCGCGCGAUGGGUUACUCGUGCUGGAUGUUCGGUCGCAGUGGCUGGCCUGGAAAACCGCCGAGGUGCUCUUCACGCGGCUCCUCAACAAGCAGCUGCGCCGCCGCUGGGUUCUCGAAUGCAAGCAUACGCGCUCCCUCCCCCGCGCUCAGCGGUUCCGCCCCAUCGCAAUACUCCAGCCGAUCCCCGAGCUGGCAGGGUGGGUGACCGCCGUCCCGCACGCCGAUCUAGAGGCACUCAAGGAGCGCGUGAAAUGGCUGCGGGCCCGUGCCGAAAAAGGCAAGGAGCUUGUCAGUGAGAUGGAGCGCAGAAUCCAGUUAGGGAUCCGGCCGGAUCCGACCAACUUCUGCCACUCGUGUGUGUCAAUUGAUGCGCGCGAUGUAUUUCUGACCGAGUGCGGGCACCGGGUUUGCUUGACAUGCGUGCGCUACAGUACGGAUGAUCGGGGGUUAUACGACUGUGGGAUCUGUUUCGCGCCGACGAAAUUUAUACCGAAGAGGGAGACAUUUUAG